UUUCAAAAGAAAAUCUUAUUAUUGCCGAUUUCUUUAUUAUGCUGUCAUUUGGGUAUUCUGUAGCUAUUAUAAAGAUUUGUUGCUAAACAUUUCUGUCCUAAAUAUGUCGGGUAAAGAAAUUCUAGAAGAUCUCUCUCAAGGGAACCUGGAUCAUUUACAAAAAAGGAUUCGAAGUCUUCUGAUGCCCAUCAUAAAUUCUGACGCCGAGUCGGUUCCAUCGUCACAACUGAAUACGUGCGGCCUGUUCUGUGUCAAGUUCUUCCAUGCCAGCAUAUCCCUCCUGGGCUCACAAGUGAAAAACGAUCUUGUGCAAGCGAUUGUGCUCUGUUGCUGUGGCUAUGCAAAAAGCAGAGACCACGUGAAUCUUCAGAGUUCACUAACGCUCCACAAAUUGCUGUUUCACAUCAUUUCCAGGCUGUCCCCUCACGGUUAUUUGCCACAACUGAUUGAGAUCGCAGAAUUCCUUUAUGAAGAGCUUCGCAUGUUAGACGUUGAACAGCAGAAGGCAGCUGUCGCCAUAGUGAUGAACUCGUACACAUCACUGUGGAACGUUGCUCUCAAGAUGGAGACACAAGAUGAGUUUUUAUCAUUUGAGAUCACCGCCUAUGUCAGACUGGUGGCCAUCAAGUUUUUAACUCUGAACCCGUCGAAUAACUCGGUACUUGGGGACCGCCUCGAACUGGCGCUGUGUCGAUUCAACCACCUUCAGUCUAAGAGAGGAAAACCAGUCGACUUGGUCGCACCAUUUCUGUCGGUGUUUGAGAAGUUCCGUGAACUGUUGCAGUUGUUGGCUAUCAACCCUGAUCAGUGCGUGCAUGUUUUUAAACUCGUCGUUGGCAGUGUGAAACAUCUGAUACACGUCGGCAUGCAGCACGAGGCUGAGAGUUUGGUGGAAAUCGUCAAAUCUGCGGACUCCAUUUCGUCCUCUUCUUUUAGUAUUUCUGAUGCUGUUGGUUGGCUUAUGAAGGCUCUGGUGCAGUUGGAUAAGUUUGUGAAAGAAGCUGACGACAACAACGUUGACGUUGAUUUGCUGACAGUGUGUCUGACGUCGGUGAACACACUUACGACUGAUGCUCACAUGGAUUCUCUCCCCUUCUUCAUCAAGGACACACUCGUAGAAGGUUACCUGUCUAUUCUCACUGCGAUAAACAACAUUGGGUUGAAUAACAAACCUCCGGGUCUGUCUCCACUGUUGGACACGUUACUGCAAACGUUAAAUGUGUGUCGGAGUUUAUUCAGAGAGGUGUUGAAGACUCUGACGGAGUCCAAGAGGUGUGUUCAGAUUGAAAAGGCUGUUCUCGAAUCGUUUCAUGUGAAACUUCAGCUCCAGUACUGGCUUUUACAAAACAACGACCUAGAUGAAGGUUUACAGCUGAUAGUAACUAAGCUGCCGGAUGUUCAGAAUGCCGAUAACACCAAGAUGUCUGUAGCAGACUGGUCAGUCUCCACUUUAAAUGUGUAUCUUAAGGACCUAGACAUGUCGGAACUCGAUGUUAAAGCCAAGAUGGAAGAGAAAUAUUAUUGUGGCUACAUGACAGCUAAGCUUGGACAGACGUGUUUUUUUAAUGGUCUAGACUCUGCAGCGUUGGCGUUCUACAACACAGCCUGCAGCCAGCUGACCCAGUGGUGCCAAAACUCGGAUGCAGUUAGCAAACGAGUUGAAGAGUCCUCUCUCUGGAAGAUCUACAACUGUCUGGCUGACUGUCAGAGGAGACAGGGUCUAUGGGUCGCUGCCAUGGAAACGGUGGUGACCUGUCUGCUCAUCGACCACGAUCACAUGACCACCCUCAUGCGGAUGUGGUUUCAAGUGAAGAAGGAUGCUUUGAAGGGAGGCUUGAAGGAUGUCUUGAAUACGACGAUAAAGGAUGGGUUACUGAAGCAGCAGGUCGGGGUGGACGAUGAUUACGUUGUUUCGUGUCUACAAGCGGAACUUGAUGCGUUCCACUCCAGUAAUUCUACCAGGAGGAAAUACCCAGAAGGAGAAAUAGCCAUCUUGAAAGUGCUCGUGACCUCGACCUCUGACCCACAGGUGAAGGCCGUGAACCUUUUGAAACUAGCUCAACUUCUGUGGCUGACCCAAGCACCUUCAGAGAAAUCUCCUAAAGAGUUUGUUAAUGACGUAAUAGAUCUUUUGGAAGCCAGCUCUUCGUGUGUGUCUUGCAUGUUUCUUGGAGAAGCAAACCUGUGGAAGUUUAUCCUGACGCAUGAAGAUAUGUGCAGACAGAUGAUUGAAUCAAAAAGUGAUCAAGACUCGGAUCAAACAGAAGAGGAACAAGAUGUUGACAAUAUCGAGUCAGAUGUAAAGUUAUACACCUUGCCGGUUGCCGAGGAGGAGUCUGUCUGGUUGUCGAGAGCCGUGGAAUUGUGGGAAACGGGAAUGACCGAGUCUCUUGACGGUGGUCUGGAUCAGGAAUCUCUCCUCAACUCCAUGUUAGUGUGUUCGGCAAUCUUCAAGUUGUGUAGAAAGCCAGUGGAAGAAAUCCGUGUGUUGAUUCUUGCACUGAGGGUGUGCUCAGUGGUCGAAGGAAUCCACGAGAGUCUUCUAAAAGUGUCGGACAAACUCGCCAGCGCGUUGCUUGAUGAAGGUUUCUUUGAUCUGGCCAGCCGCCUCAUUUUACGAGACAGUAACACCCUCUCAGAGGAACAGACUGCGGCAGUGUCGAUUCUUACAGCACAACUUCAGCUUUGUGUUGGUCAGGUAGCUGCCAGUUUCUCUACUGUUGAGAAUGACCCUAUCUCUGACAGCAAUAAGGGCUGGUCUGCGUUUCUCCUGGAUGGCAAGCGCAAACGCCUCUUGUCCAGAAUCUUCUACCAUCAUACACGGCCACCCUCUGACUUGUCUCCCCUUGACCUGGCACACGAGGCCGUCAGGACGCAUACAGGGGUGGUGCAGUUCUUACUAGGGAGGGAUUUUGUCAAGGGCAACAACUCUGCAAAAGAACUUCAUUCCUUUGAGAAGUGGAGUGUCCUGGCCGAACUUUUGGAGUCACUACUUCAUCUGGGACAGUUGUACCGGCAUGUUGGAGAGGCAAGGGAUGCACGUUGCUACCUACGAGAAGGCAUCAAAAUCUCACAGGCGAUGUGCAUACCUCGAUGGUAUUCCCGCUUCUUACUGGAGAUAUCUCGAGUUCAUUCAGUGUCGGGUGGGACAGAUGAAGCAGUUCGUCUGCUAACUGAAGUUGCGUCAAUACUCAGCCCAGAGACGGGUCACAGCAUGGGUCGAAAACCAGUCAUUAAAUCCAUGUCACACAUUCGUGCUGGUACCCAUGUUAUUAAGGAUGUUCAGCAACUGAAGAGCAAACGGGAGAUACUCGGAAGUGUGGGAGAAUUCGAGAGUGUUCGCGAUGCAGGGGUGAUUCCAGAGAUAGAAGACGACGCGGUUUUCAGUCUGAUGUCGCCAAGCGUGUGUGGUGCUUUACAGAUUGGUGAUCACGUGUCGGGGUGUAAAUGUUCGCUCUGCGGCGAUCGUAUCGCUCAGAGUUUGUCAUUGUUGCACAGUUUAGCUCUGGCAGAAGUUUUCUUCUUCAAUGGACUGACGGAGAAAUCAAGUUUAGAACUGAGAACAAUUGACGACAAAGUCGAUCGUCGAAGACGUCUCAUUGAAAAUGGGAAUGAAAUGGUGCUGUCGAAACUGACUAAAGCGAUCGAAAGUGUUUCUGCUUUGAAGAAGUUUGCUACACAAAACCAGAACAAGAAGCUGUAUCAUCUGUUGCAGCGGCAGCUGAAAGGAGAUCGGAAAACGAUUUCACUUCAAGUUGAAGUGUAUUGCUUGCUAGCUGAGAUCGAUCUCCAUGACAACAAGCCCGAUCUUGUUAUGGUUCAUACAGACCGGGCUACUGAUCUUCUUGGUGAAAACUGCUGUGUCGACUCUUUCCACAACGCUCAGAUACACUUUCUCGCCAUUCAAGCCGAAAUGCAGAAGGUCGGGACAUACCAUGUCACUCCACAGGUUGACCCGACCUUCACCGUGACCCAAGAACACCAGCACGACUCUGUGUCCGAGAUAACCGAUAAAAUGGUUCGGUGUCGGCUCUUUGAAGAUAGCUACGUCAAAACUGAAUCGGAUGUCGACAUGGAUGUUGGCAAUGUGAGCAGUGUGUUGAGUUCUUUGCAAGAAAGUCUUAGUGUUAAAAAUGCUUUGACAGAGAAAGAGACGUCAUCGUCAUCGCCUUCUGGAAACAGAUCGUCGGUAGACAACUGUGACAACAAGUCUGGUGUGAAGAGGGAAUCGAUGGAUGAAGUGGUGGUAAAAUUUGUGAAAAAUAAUGUUCAAAGCGGAAAAUCCAAAAAAGAUCUUGAAAACAGUCGUACAACAAUGUUGAUAGAUAACUGUGACAUACCUGUUUUGAUGAAGGAUUCGGUCGAUAAACUGGUUGAAAAAUCAUUCUUGAAAAAUAGCAGAAGUGCAAAGCAUCAAAAGGAUCUCGAAAACGUGUUCGAUACACCUGUCGGUACAAAGAGUAUUUCUUCCAAAAGACUAAACACGAAAAGCAAGACUACUUCAUCUUCUAGAUGUGACAACGACGUCGUAUGCCCAAUGACGAAAACAAGAAAAAACUCAAAAAAGGAAGCCAAAAAAGAUAAUAUCAAGGCCUGUCCCACUGGUCACUUUUCCCCCUAUAACCCCAUCAGGAGGAAGUCGGAUCGGGACAAACGUCUUCCAACUAAGAGUUGUGGCGAUUUUCAACCUCAGGGUGACGACGACAAUUCUCUGAGUAGCACGCCACGAUCUGUGAAUGGUGACGGAAGCUGUUCAUCGUAUUCUGCUCUCCAGGAAUCGUCCGUUAAUCAAACACCUGUGUCGUCAGAUCCUUCAAAACAUGUCACAGUUCGCAGUCGGACAUCAACAGAACUUAAGAAUCUUGAAGACAUCAAUGACGAUGAUUUUAAGACAGAGACAAAGCCUAAAGGGAGAGGGACUAAACGGGCACAGUCAGUAAAUAAAAAAUUAUCGAAGGCGACAAAGGAACAAAAUGUGGAGACGAAAAAGGGACAAAAUGUGGAGACGACAAAGGGACAAAAUGUGGAGACGACAAAGGGACAAAAUGUGGAGACGACAAAGGAACAAAAUGUGAAGACGGUUGAAACAGUUACAGAGGAAGCUGUGAAAGGAAAAGUUGACGAAUCUCGUGUUUUAAUACCAAAGAACGAUCCGAAUCCAGUUUCAGAUUGUAAACGUUCAUCGAAGCUAAGAUUAAGACGACCAACAAAACGGGUAGACGCGGCCUCUGGGAGUAGCAACACUGAAUCAAGAAGUGUGAAGGCUUCUGGGAGUAGCAACACUGAAUCAAGAAGUGUGAAGGCUUCUGGGAGUAGCAACACUGAAUCAAGAAGUGUGAAGACUGGUGUAAAGGUUGAUGACAAAUCAUCAGUGCUCGAUCGGAAAACAGGUGUUCCGACACAUAUUUCUUCUAACAGCAUAGAUAUUAAUUCAUCUGAACCUAUAAAAACUGAGAAAUUAACGAAAUUGGGUGUUAAAAAAAUUAAUGCUAAACCUGAAACCAAAACAAAACUACCACGCUCGAAUGUUACAAAUGUUGCGAAAACAGAAUCAAAAUCAAUUUUUUCUGAUGUCGAUUCGGCAUCGAUUUACAACUUUGAUGAGAUUGAUUCGCCAGCUUCCAGAGGGAAAGUCAAGUCGGGUGUUCAGAGAGGUCGGAAAAGACCACUCAAACCCAAAACGAGAGGGAGAGCGAAUAAGAUGGGGGACGAGAAGGAAAACGUACGAUGGGACAAUGUUGGAACGGUCGGAGAUUUUGAUGAGAGGAUUCCAAAUGAUGAGGAUGUCUGUUGUAUUGAAAGACCAGGUUUACCAGAUGAUAGUUCUAAAGACUGCGAGGUCAAUGUUGAAAAUGUACACCAGUCUUUUGAAAUACCAUUACAUUCAGAAUCUAUAUCAUCGAAAGUAUUCAGCAGCCUUGGAGAUCGUGACCUUCAGAAACGUGACAGUUGUGACCUUCAGAAACUUGACAGUUGUGACCUUCAGGAACUUGACAGUUGUGACCUUCAGGAACUUGACAGUUGUGACCUUCAGAAACUUGUCAGUUGUGAUAUUCAUAAACUCUGUGAUUGUGACCUACAUAAACUUGGUCCGUGUGACAUCCAUAGAAUUGACGAUAGUAACGUCACGAAAAACGCACUCUUGCUGCACAGUCACCGAAAGCAAUCCCUGUCUUUGAAGCAACUGGAUGCUCCAGAAUAUCUAUUCGAUUCACCAGAACUUCUCAGGGCCGAUCGUAAACCACAGACCAAAGCCAAGGCCAAGGAACAGACGACUGUCAAAGGUAGAAAACAGUCUGCUGCUCCCAUGAAAAGAACAACAAAAGCGAAGAGUGUUGAAAUAACCCAGACAGAGAAUGUUGAUGAAAUUCUUCGUACAGAUGGUAAACCACUAAAAUCAGAUGGACAUGGACAGCCGGUUAUGAAAAGCAGACUCAACAGUAAGGUGAAAAACGGAAUAAAGGCUGGAAAACCAUCGGAGGGUGAAAUGUCUUUGGAUGGUGUGGAACUUGACAAAGCUGACACGUGCGGAGAACUAGACCAUGACCGUGUGACCUCGACACUGGAAAAAGCUUUCAACCAAGUUCGCCAUUUUCCCAAAACAUUGAUGUAUGCCCGGAUUUGCCGACUGUUGGCGUUGCAGUAUCUGAAGUCAGAUCCGUACAAAACGGCUUUCUACCUGGCAGAGGCGUCGGCCAUUACGCUGAGACACCAGGCUCUCGUCAACAUGGGAAAGAGAAAAAGGAAGCUGAUGAAAGACGAGACGCAGUCGUCUGAUGAGCUGAAACAAGUGGACGCUGCGAGGCAGGAGCUGAGGUUCGACAAAGACGUGCAGCAUUUUACAGACAUGGUCGACAAUCUUCCGUCUGAGUGGACAGUCUGCCAGUUUUCAGUUGUAGCGAUACCAGCCAACCCAUCUCGCUUGUUCCUAACCCGUCUACGGUCUCGCCACAAACCUGUCACAGUGGAGUUAUGCGGGUAUUUUACACCCCAGGGUGGAAAUAUUCUUCCUGAGUUCUCUUCCAUCAUGGCCGCAAGUCGAGACAGCAUGAAGGUGACGGAUAAAAACGUCUGGUGGCAGAUAAGAAGAGAUUUGAAUAACAGACUGCAGGAUGUUCUUGAAGCCAUGGAAUCGUGUUGGCUGGGCUGCUGGAGGGGUCUGUUGCUCGGGUCACUGCAAGACAAAGAAGACGAAGACCUGCUGAGAACGGCUGCCGAGAAUCUGGCAGAGAAAAUAGCUGCAGAAUUUGAUCUGCACAUUGGACUUGACGUAGCAGAGACUCUGAUUGAGUUGAGGACGACAUUAAGCAUUACAGAGUUGGCCAGUGUGAUUUCAGCUUUAGUUAGUCUCCCCAUUCACUCGCCGGACUUCCCCAGACUUGUCACAGUCGUGUCUGCGUUCAACGUCGAUCAGUUGCAGUCGGCAAAAAGACAUCCCGUUCUACUCAUAUUAGACAAGGCGGUGCAGCACUUGCCAUGGGAGAGUAUUCCAAUACUGAGUGAUCAGCAGGUGUCAAGAAUCCCGUCGUUGAUUCAUCUCCACACACAGAUGCAGCGUGCCCUUGUAACCGGGGACAACGUCUUCGUCAAGGGAGUUAACCCCGACAAGACGUUCUUUGUGCUGAAUCCUGACAAAGACUUGCAGUCCACUCAGAAGAUGUUUGAAGACUUGUUUACAAAGGAAUUUUCCUGGCCUGGUGUUGUUGGAGAGAAGCCGACUGCAGAACAGCUAAGUUCAGCGCUGACUACUAGAGAUCUAUUUGUCUACUGUGGACAUGGGAGUGGCAGCAAGUAUUUCCAUGGCGACGACCUUCAACUGUUAAGCUGCCAGGCAGCCGUUCUGCUGAUGGGCUGCAGUAGUGGGGAGCUGCAGGUCAGAGGUCAACUAGAGGCUGCUGGGAUGGUUCUCAACUACUUCCUGUCUGGAUGUGCGUGUAUUGUGGCCAAUCUGUGGGACGUCACAGACAAGGACAUCGACCGCUUCCUCGAGAGCUUGCUGCGUCUCUGGACUGCGUCUCCACCUGGGACGUCUCUACUGGAAAUCAUCCCGAAAGCGCGUCAGGCGUGUCGGCUCACCUCAUUGAUUGGAGCCGCGCCUGUCGUCUACGGGCUGCCGAUCUUCCUACACAAGUGAUCUCCCUUUAGAUUGGUAUUGCCAACUGUGGACUGCCGAUCUUCCUACACAAGUUACCUCCCUUCAGGAUUAAUCUUAUUGAUUUCUUCCGCCCUAUUGGCUGUGGAUUACCUAUUUAUUUUUAUACACAAGUUACCUCCCCUGUCGACAGACAUUGAUUGGAACUGAACCUGUGAAAAUAUUUUCUCCCUUGAGGAUUGGUAUCAGUUGAGCUGCCCCCUGUUGGGUGUGGUCAACCAACUUAUGUUCACAAGUUAGCUCCCUUGUUGAUAGACAUUGACUGGAGCUGAUCUUGUUUGUGGGACCGGCCUCGGUGGUAUCGUGGUUAAGCCAUCGGACAUAAGGCUGGUAGGUACAGGGUUCGCAGCCCGGUACCGGCUCCCACCCAG